UUUAAUCAUAUGGAUUCACCCUUCAACUUCACUCGUCGCCGAUCCCAUGUUGUAGCCAAUGAAAGACGUGAUAUGAUCCAGCCAAGCUCGUCAAUUCCAAGACCGAUAACUAACAACAUCUGGACACUGAAUGAUUAUUUAAACUUUGAUAAAUCAGAUGUUCACACGGGACCUCCUCGGUCAUUGGAAAUUAAGAAACUGAUUCUGGAUACGCUCAAAGAAAUGCCAGAAUUGUGGACUCAACGAUGUUCAAAAAAACCUCAUUGGGAACUGCUUGGCUUUAAUAUAUUGCAAAGAACUGGAAUGAGAAUUGGAACAUGUCAGUUGAUGGAAACGUUCCGAAAUGCGAGGAAACAUGUGAAUGCUAAAAUAAGAAAAUGCUGGAAAGAGGGACUAAGCAAGGCUGAAACAGAAAUUAAAUGUUCAAAUUGGGAUCUAUUUGAAAAUUUCCGAUUUUUCUUUGAAUUCAAAUGUCGACAUUGGCAAUUUCCGGACGAUUGCGACGACUUGGUGGUAGAAUUGGACACUGAAGAAGGGAUCAUAUCAAAUCCAAGUUUACCGCCGAAUGAAGUUUGUGAUCAAAACGUUGAAAUUCUCCAAUCAGCCACAAAAGAAUCCAUCAUGCCAGAUGUGCCAGAACAUUACCUGGAUUUUGAACAGCAUCUCAAGGCUAAAAUUCAGCAAGCACUAAACAAGCAUCCAGGUCAAGAAAAGCUUCUGAAAAAUGCGAUUUUCACCACUCUUAAUGGAAUCGAAAAUAGAGAUCACAAGAGCCUUGAAGAGUUGUUCAGUAGCCUGUCAUCAAAUCAUUAAAUAUUAUCCCGGACUGAACAAAAUUACAUGGAUUUACUUUUUCGCAAUCUUCUGUAUUUCUUUAUGCAUGCUUCCAAUUAAAUGAUUUUAUUCUUCUGUAAUAGCCUUGAGUUCUAAUAAAAUUUUCAUGAUU